AUGAAUCCUGAUCCUAAGUCGUAUAGAAUAUCCACCAGAGGAUCCCUUCUCCCUACUAAUUUGAUCUUAGAUCGACAGCUAUAUAAGAACACUUCCAGAACAUGCCUAGAAGAAUUAGAAGAUCAAGAGAGUCGCAACCAAAGAGUGGUAACAGACUUAUACAAAGCCAUAGUUUCCAAAGACACUGACACAAUGUAUCGCCUUCUUGCCCCAUAUUUGGAGUGGUGGUUCCACGGUCCACCAUCUCAUCGCCACCACUUGAUUCCUCUCCUCACUGGUUCUUCAUCUUCUUCACCAUCAUCAAAGCCUUUGGUUCCUGAUCUCGUUGUUGGCUUCGGAUCAGUGAUCAUUGCUGAAGGCUACGAUGACACCAAUAUGUUGUGGUGGGUGCACGUGUGGACUACCUCUGUUGAUGGAAUCAUCACUGAGGUUAGAGAGUAUGUUAACACUUCUGUGACUGUCACUAGGCUUGGUUUGCAUGCACAAGCUUCAUCUCAAAAACUGGGGUCCACCGAUGUUGUUGCUGCUUCCACGUGUCAAAGCAUUUGGCAAAGCAAGCUUUGUGAUGAGUCUGUGCCUGGACUCAUUCUUGCAAUCUAG